AUGGAGAAAGCCACACAAACAGAAGGGCAUCUGGGAAACGGAGCGGUGGAGAAGCCAUCGCUCACCUUCGAGUUGGUGUCGCAGUUUUUCUGCAUGCCGAUCGAUGAGGCGGCGCGGGAGCUCAAUGUGGGGCUGACGUCCCUGAAGAGGAGAUGCAGGGAGCUUGGGAUCCCCCGGUGGCCGUGGCGCACGGUGAGAAGCCUUCAGGAGCUCAUCGAUGUUGUUAAGGAGCUGGGCAAGGACGACACUCCGGAGAAGGCAGAGAAAACUAAGAUGGUGGUACAGAAGUUGCUGGAGGUGAUGAAACUGAUUGCGGAGAGACCCGAUGUUGAGCUGGACAAGGAGACGAAGGUGUUUAGGCAAGCUUGUUACAAGGAGAUGCAUGAGCGCCGAAUAAAGAGGAAACUCGGUAAGGUUCUUGAUGCAUGA